UGUGCAUCCAAGAAAACUGAGGAACUCUCCAAAGAAGAGAAGGCAGACCACUGAGGAUGGACCCCUGAGCCGACCCGGCCACAGCCAGGACUGAUGUGCCCCGGGAAGGAAUGAAGUAUGGAUGUGAAGGAACGGCGGCCCUACUGCUCGCUGACCAAGAACCGCCGGGAGAAGGAGCGGCGCUACACGAACUCCUCGGCAGACAACGAGGAGUGCCGAGUUCCCACGCAGAAGUCUUAUAGCUCCAGCGAAACCCUGAAAGCCUUUGAUCACGAUUCCUCACGGCUGCUUUACGGAAACAGAGUAAAGGAUUUGGUUCACAGGGAAGCGGAUGAGUUCUCCAGACAAGGACAAAAUUUUACCCUAAGGCAGUUAGGCGUUUGUGAACCAGCAACUCGAAGAGGACUGGCAUUUUGUGCGGAAAUGGGGCUCCCCCACAGAGGUUACUCGAUCAGUGCAGGGUCAGACGCUGAUACUGAGAAUGAAGCAGUGAUGUCCCCAGAGCAUGCCAUGAGACUGUGGGGCCGGGGGGUCAAGUCAGGCCGCAGCUCCUGCCUGUCAAGCCGGUCCAACUCAGCGCUCACCCUGACAGAUACGGAGCAUGAAAACAAAUCCGACAGUGAAACCGCAUCAGCGACUUUUCCAGUGACUCCGCUGUUGGCAUCAGAUCACCAAAACACUGGUACACAGGCUCAAAGGAUGUGCAAAAAUGCAAGAUGCAUACAAAGCAACCAGGAAGAGGGUGUAAAAUCCCCGUGAACUGUUGGUGCCUGGAAGACAGGUUGUGUGUGGAUGAGCAAUGAGUGAGUGGUCUACAGAUAGCCCCAGACCAGA